CCGCAUCGACGACAGCACCCCAAACUCUCCCCUCUCAUCUCCUGCAAUGGCUUCUCGUCUCGCUAGGAGCGCGGUCGGCGCCGCCCGUCUCCGCCCAUCGCUCCCUCUCCGCAGCCUCCCAUCCAUCGCCGCGCAGGCCCGCUACCAGUCCAAUGUGCCCCAGGAGGACCCCAAGAAGAAGGCCCAGUCGCUGAUGGAGGCAAUUCCCGUGCCCGGAAACAGCCCCCUCACCAAGGCCGCUGUGCUCUCCGCCGGUGCUGGUCUCAGCGUGGCUGCCAUCAGCAAUGAACUCUACGUUGUCAACGAGGAGUCCAUUGUUGCGCUGUCGCUCCUGACCAUCUUCUGGGCCGUUGCCAAGUACGCUGGUCCCGCUUGGGGAGACUACGCACAACAGCAGGCCGACAAGAUCUCCGGCAUCUUGAACGCUGCCCGUGCCGACCACACCUCGGCCGUCAAGUCGCGCAUCCAGAGCGUACAGGACCUCGGCGGUGUCAUCGACAUUACCAAGACCCUCUUCGAGGUUUCCAAGGAGUCCGCCCAGCUCGAGGCCCAUGCUUUCGAGCUUGAGCAGAAGACCGCCAUCGCUCAGGAGGCAAAGACCGUUCUCGACUCGUGGGUCCGCUACGAGGGCCAGGUCAAGCAGAGGCAACAGAAGGAGCUUGCCGAGAACAUUAUCGCCAAGAUCGAGAAGGAGCUCGAGAACCCCAAGACCCUCAAGCAGAUCCUCGACCAGAGCGUGGCUGACGUCGAGAGGAUCGUCGCUCAGAAGGCAUAAGCGUCCUAUAACAGCAAUUGGUCAAGUUCGUUCCAUGUUACAUAAACCUGUGCAAUAGUCAAGCUCAUUCAAUAGAGAGUACCCAAGGCUUGGGAAAAGGCCGCAAUCCAUCUGUUUUUGUUUUA